AUGCUGGUCAGGAAUCUGAAGAAAGACCUGGAGGAGAUGACGCAGCAGCGGAGCAGGGAGAAGGAGGGGAGGGCAGGGGGUGUUAGAGGAGGUAUUAAAGUGCCUAUGGCUGGACAUCAAUAUCCAUGUCUCAUUGUUUUCCUGCAUACCCCGCAGGUGCUGCGCGGCUGCAUUGCAGAGCUCAACCAAGUGCCAGCAGUGGGGGUACCGCAGCUGGUGAGCGCAAUCAAAGCUCACAUUCAGCCAGAAGUGGAGCAGGAAGGGGAGGACUUGGUGCUUGAAACAGCGAUGGCAGAAAGCAGCAAAGGCUUGGCCGUUAUGGAGGAUAUAGCGAUGAAGCGUCAGCAGAGCAGGAAGCGGGAAGAUGAUGAUUUCAAUCACUUGCUUGAUGAGUUCCGGCUGCAACUAAGCAACCAGUCUUCUGAAAUCAAACUGCUGCAUGAAACGGUGCUUGCUUUGCGAGAAGAGAAAGGGAAGUUGGAGGCACGGGUUGAAGGGUUUGUAAUGAUGGAAGUCAAACUCAAGGAGCGAGAGAAAGAGGUUGAGUUGCUACAGGCAAGAGCAGAAGAGGCUGAGAAGUCAAAGGAGAGGGUUAUAGAAUGUGAGCGCUUACUGGCGGAUGGGGCGAACGAAAUAGCAACGUUGAAAGCCAAAGUGCAGGAGCAUGCAGAGAUUUCUCAGCGGCACAAGGCAGAAAUGGACGGCUACAAGGCGAGGGUGAAAUCGUAUCAGAAGGAGGUUGAGAAGCUGCAAGAGGAGGCAAGAGUGGCCGAGAAAUUUGAGAUGCUUGUGACGGAGGAAUUGCCGCUGGAAAUGGAGAGGGCGUUAAGCAGAGCAAGGGAGAGGGGGCGGGAGGAGCGGGAGGAGGGAGAGCGGGAGGCGGAGAGGAAUGUGGUAGACUUGACGGAAUUGGAUGAGAUUACGGAGCAGCGCAACGGGCUGCGACAGCAGCUGAGGAACACUCAGGAGCACAAGGCGAGGCUGCAGCAGGAACUGAUGGAAGCCGGAGAUAACGCCAUGAAGGCAUUACGUGAUUACGUGGGAGCUCUUAGCAAAGUACGUGUAAAUGGAGUAUCUCACCUAGUAAGCGCCAUAAAGAGACACAUCCAGCCGGUGGUGGAGCAGGAGGAGGAGGAUCUGGUGGAAGUUAACCCUGAUCCCAAGCUAGUGUUGAGCACGAGGCUGCUGGUCAGGACAAUCAACACGCUGCUUGCUGCAGCUACCAAGGCCUGA